UUUUCCUUCUUCCGUCCAUCUUCUACCUCUCAAAAAAAAAAAACCCUACCUUUUUCCUCUCUUUUAGUUUAGCUUAUGCUUAAUUAUCUGGCUACCCUUCUCUUUUAUUUGCUAUUUUACCCCUCCCAUGUCAUUAUUAUUAGUAUCUAUCCCAUUCUAUAUUUUCUCUUCUUUUUAGAGAAACCCCCUCUUCUUUCCUUUUUGCUUCCAACUGAAUGACAAGUAAAAGAUUUUGCCGAUCAACCCUUCCAAGAUUUUGAUUCCCUCUAAAAGCUGAUUUAUCGAAGCUCCCCUCUUCACUGUCUUCCCUUCAUAUUUGACAGUUUUUCCACAGAGAUUCCCCCCUCUUUUCUUAUUUAUUUGUUUGCUUACACUUUCAUUAAGAAAAUUAGGUUGAUCAGAAAUGGAUUCCGGUAGCGGAAGUUUGCAAUCUUCUAGUGGUGCUGAUGAAGUUGAAGAGUACGAUUCUUCUUCUCAUCACCAACCUCAACUUUUUCCCCCUCCCCCACUUUUCUUCAACAACAAUAUUAUUCCUUUUUCUUCUUCUUCUUCUUCUUCUUCUUCUUCUUCUUCUUCUUCUUCUUCUUCCUCUUCUUCGCUUCUUGGUUGUUCUUCUUCUUCAUCAAUCCCUCAUCAACUUCCUUUUCACUACCAAAACCACCAUCUCCUUCCUUCUUUCUACGAUUUCCCUUCCAGUUACCACAAUUUCAACCCUGAUAAUUCCUCCAAUUCCUUUGUCAAUCUCGACGUCUUAAGAUCUGAACCCACCCACUUCAAAAACCCACCAAUCUCCGACGGAUCUACCCAAAACCAAAUCCAAAUUCGCUCAACCCCAUCAUCAUCCUCCGGCGCUUUACAUCCUAAAGUCACUACAAAGAAGAGAACUAGAGCUUCACGACGAGCCCCCACCACCGUUCUCACAACAGACACUACGAAUUUUCGAGCAAUGGUGCAAGAGUUCACCGGAAUCCCUUCCCCGCCGUUCACUGCCGGUGGGUCCUCUUAUUCUCGGCGAUUUGAUCUCUUCGGCUUGGUUAGGACAAACAAUUCCGCGGCUACGAAUUUAGAAGCAUCUGGAUUGGGUGUGUACCCUUCUCGUUCAAAGGUCGACAAUGUUGUGCGACAGCCGGCAGAGACGGGUGGGAUUUUUUCGUUUCAGACGGUAUCAGGGCAUGACUUUAAUGCUAAUUCUAAGGAGGUUAUAGGAGGAAGUGGGCAUUUAGAGACGCCCCACACUAUCAGAACUAGCCAGCAGUUACUAUCAGCAACAACGCUGCAAAAUGAUGAAAUCUGGAGAGGUAACCGCGAUAGUACUGUAAUGACAGUGACAGCAACAGCAACAGCAACAGCAGAAGCAGUAGCAGCAGCAGCAACGCGAUCGAAUAACAACAAUAAUGCAGCAAAUUUGGAUUCAGGUUACAAUAUAAUGGCGUGACAAUUGGAAGGAAGAUUUUGCAAAAAUUAAUUGCCGCUCCACUUCAACCGCACCUGCUGCUUUGCCAAUUUGCCAUAGUUUUGACGGUUCUAAAUUUCCGGUCAGAAUGGGACCCAUUCCUCGCACCGGAGAAAGGAAAAUAUAUAUACAUAUAUAUAUAUAUAUAUAUAUAUAUAUAUAUUAUGAUGCUAUGCUUUGCUAGUUGCUAGCCUAUUCUCUAUUGCUACCCUAAUAUAUCACAUUCUCUACCUAUUAUAUAAUUAGUCAUGUAAAUAUCUUUCUCCUAUCUCUUUUAUUUAUUUAUUUAUUAUUAUUAUUAUA